CCUAAUUGCCGCAUAUCAAUAUAGCAUUGAGGCCCUUCGUAGAUGCCAUUGAAACCUUCAAUAUAUUCGAAUCAGGGCAUCGAUUGGUGUCCUAUCAGCAAGGGCAGAUAUUCAUAAGAAAAGCUACUGUGCCCGAUGGUGGCAUGACAGAGAAUGUGAUGAACAUGGAGAAGGGUGAGGAAGAAGAUGGAGUAUUGAUGAUCCGCCCCCGCCUGAACCACCGACAUGGACGGAUCGUGUGGUUAGGGGUUGGAAGACGUCGCUUCAAGAUUGGUUUUGGCUGCAGGUGGUUUAUUGUUCCAUAUUUCUUUUCAACUUUAUUGAUGUUUCUUUACAUUGUUUUUUGUCUGUUUGUGUUAGUGGUUUUUCCGAGGUGCUUAUGCUAGUGUUAGUCUCGAAGCUCCUGUAUGUUCCGCAAAAAGUUUUCAUAUGUUUUGAGUGAACUUUUCUAUGUUUGAUCAGGAACUGAGAAGACUUUUGAUUAUUUUGAGUUUGUUGAUGUGGUAAAGAGUACAAUGAGCUUAAGGGUCAAAAGUCUAUGUUGCCUGUUUGGUGGUCAGCGAUUCGCGUUGCUUCUUUGGAGAAAAUUCCUGCACUUCCAACAAAAUAUCGUACGAUCUCACAUGCUUCGAGGGGGGCCAGUCGAUUCAAACCCACUCCUCCAACGACUAUGAAAUUUAGACGAAGGCGGUGGAGGGCCUAAGGGGGGCUAGGGAGGGUACGUGCCCCUGCUUCGAGCCUGAAAUUUCACUAGUAGCACUUAAGGUUAUUGAUCAGAUCAGUCUUGAGAUGGAGAACGGCUUUAGUGAGUCAAACACAGAAUUACUCACUUGAUUAACAUGUCUUGAUCCUAGAGAUAAGUUCUCCAAUUUCUGUGAGUCAAAGCUAUUGACCUUGUGGAGUUAUAUUCAUGCGAUUUUCCAUUUGUUGAUCGAAUGGAGGUGAAAGAGCAACUCCAGGUGUGGACAUAUGAAAUGAGAACAAAUGAAUUAUUUUCUGCCGUACAAACUAUCGGUGAAGUUUGUAAAAAGAUGGUUGAGCUUAAAGUUCACAAUUCUUUUCACUUGGUAUAUCGUCUGAUUGAGUUGGCUUUAGUAUUACCAAUUUCAACAGCCACCGUUGAAAGGGCAUUCUCUGCGAUGAAUAUUAUCAAGACAUAUCUUCGCAAUAAGAUGAUAGAUGACUAUCUUACGAUAUGUUUGGUGUGCUACAUCGAGAGAGAUGUUUUUAGAAGCAUUGAUAAUGAAACUAUUAUGUAACAUUUUCAGAAUAUGAAAACUCG